AUGUCUGGUGACAUUAUUAAGGACGUCAGAGAUUUUGCAAAAGCAAUACUCAAAACUGUUACUGGAUGGAUGACUGCUUCAACAUAUUUGAGAGGAAUUACUCAACUGUUAGAUCAUUCAGAUAGUCAUGUGAAAAGAAAGGUGAAACAGUUUGGUCCAGAAGCAAAGGAAAGCCUGAAGCAUAACUCUGGUACUACUACAAUUAAAGUAGACAAGAGCUCUGGUCCUUAUUUCAGCAAAUUGUGCUUAAAGAUUCUGGAGUUGUUUGACAAAGAAGUUGAUUCAGAAACUUCAGUGAAAAUUGCUGCUAUUUUUUUGCCUGAAACAAUAGCAAAAGAAUAUCCCUCUGAUAAUCCUGUUUAUAGCAACUGCCUUGCAACAAUCAUUGAUCACAUUGGCUCUGAUGAGGCAGCUGUGUCUUCUGUAUUACUUAAUUCAUACUGUGGGCUCUCUGAUAAAUGUGAUUGGAUCAGAAGCAUUACCACAACUCCCAUUAAUCAUGAAAAAUAUAAUGCUAAUAUCACAUCAGAUUUCAUGUUGCCCUAG